GUGAGAAAAAACAGUGAUCACGCCAGUACCUCCUGCUGCUGCUCACCACUGGACCCAAACUACUGCAGAUCUGUGCUGCCAUGUAUCAUCUGAAAGUGCCUAUCCUGCUUCUGCUGCUGCUUGUGCUGGUGCAAUGUGUGACAACAGCACCCAAUAACAGGUACUCCAUUUCCUCCACUGAGCAAGAGGAAGAGGCUGAGGGCUGGAUGUCUCCGGGUUUGUCAUCGAGUCCAUUCCUGGAAUUUGUGGGGUCGCGGCCCCAGAGGGCACUCAACAGCCAGCAACACCACAUAGAAAAGAGAAGGUGCAACACGGCCACUUGUAUGACUCAGAGACUGGCAGACUUCCUCGUCCGCUCCAGUAACACUAUCGGCACCGUCUACAUCCCCACUAAUGUGGGCUCCAGCGCCUACGGAAAAAGAGAAGUGUUCCAAUCUCCAAACGUAAUGCCCCUUUAGUGGACACUACCCACGCUGUCCUGUCUGAUGCAUAUGUAUAUACAGCAACACAGAGCACAUGUAACAUUCCUGACAACAGUGAUGAUCAGAAUGUUUCUUUUUUCUUUAUCCAGUUUCAGUCAGUGCCUUUUGGUAUGAAACACAUUCACACAACAGCAUUGUGUACAGUGAGCACUACAGAGGAUAUGAAUCUAGUGGAGUGACAAAAAAAAGUCAGCGGAAAGGAAAAGAAGAUGUUGUUUUCAGUUAAUUUUGUAAUAAAAUAUAUAAUUGAAAGUCCCAUUCUUUGUGGAAUGUUAUUGAACACACUUUACUGUAAACAUUGUUUCUCAACACGAAAAGAACUAAGACAUGAAAGGAAACAAAU